UAUGCUGAUUUGAUCAGUUUCGGUUGGUUGUUCUUAUUCAUGGUUGGGACCAGACAUUCACGCCCGCUGAGGCUUUUCUUUUUGGUUGUGUCAAACAGGAAGACAGCAGGUAGGUAAGGACUGCCCUCUGUGGGAAUUCUGCAGUUCGCCCACGAGAGGAUGAAGUUCUGUCUUAAAUAUGGCUGAUAAAGGCCCAUUUUUAACCUCCUGUAUCAUUUUCUACCUGUCGAUCGGGGCCGCGUUAUUUCAAAUCCUCGAGGAGCCCAACUGGGUGUCCGCCAGAGACAAGUAUAUCCAAGAUAAGGAAAAACUUCUGCAGAAGCACAGCUGCCUAACCAAAGAAGCCCUCGACGAGAUUCUGAAGGUGGUCCGCGCGUGCGUGAAGGAGACGGGUUUCGGCACGCGCGGCACUCCCCAGAACACCCGGACUCCUAACCUCAUUUGUUUGUUUGUUCGUUGUUCACCUGAAAUGUUCAAGUUGACACGAGAGCGUUUUCACCCAGGAAAGGUAGCGUCCGAGGCCGCCGGCCAAGGCGUGUCCAUCACCGGGGACAGGCACCGGAACACCUGGGACUGGGCCAACUCCGUCAUCUUUGCCGCCACCAUCGUCACCACUAUAGGCUAUGGCAACGUUGCUCCCAAAACGAAGGGCGGCCGCGUGUUCUGCAUCCUGUACGGCCUGUGCGGGAUCCCCCUCUGCCUGGUGUGGAUAAGCGAGCUGGGGUCCUUCUUCGGAGACCGGGCUAAGCGCCUGUCCCAGGUUUUGAUACGAAGAGGCGUUUCUGUGAAAAAGGUCCAGUUUACCUGUACAGCCCUGUUCCUCUUAUGGGGGCUGCUGGUGCAUCUCCUGAUCCCUCCAUUUGUCUUCAUGUCUGUGGAGGGAUGGAGCUACCUGGAAGGCAUCUACUUCUCUUUCAUCACACUCACAACAGUUGGCUUCGGAGAUUAUGUAGCAGGUGUAAAUCCAGAUAUAGAGUACCCCCGGCUUUACAGGAUGUUUGCAGAGUUAUGGAUCUACAUGGGGCUGGCCUGGCUGUCUCUCUUCUUCAGCUGGAAUGUUCACAUGGUGGUGGAAGCUCACAAAGUACUGAAGAAAAGGCGCCACCGGCACAGGCAGUUCCACAACGUGGAACCGGAGCGUCUGGAGGAGCAGAAAGACCAAGACGCGAGGCCCACCGUUAUCGACAUCUUCAACUUCCUCUCCGAGGAGGAGGAAGACUACAGCACUGUCAUCAAGAAGAUUGGAAACACGCCGACGAGAAGAAAGCCAGAAGACAACAUCAAUCGGUCUAAGAGCUGCAACGACAUCCUGGCCAUCCAGACCCUGGAUCACUCGCCACGACACAGGAACAUGCUCAGCAUCAGUGAGGUGUUUGUGAAUGCAAAAUUUGAAAAAAGUGAGGAAGAAGAAGUGAGUCUUCUUAGAAAAGAGAAAAUCAGAGACAUGGCACCUACAGAGUGUGUAAAAGCGGAUCAUGAGAGCAAGGACGAUGACUCUUCUGAACCUGAAAGCGGUGGCAUCUUCUUCAUUGUACCAUCCAAAGAAAAAACUAAAGAGGAGAGUGUGCCGCAUCCCGACGGGGGGGGCACGAGGUUCACUAUAUCCAAGGUGGCCCCGUCUGGAGACAAAGCCGAGAAAGGGUGAAAUACGCUCAGACAUUCUCUGUGAGAUUCUCUGUUUGAUUUCAGGGAUUUCUUUGUGUCAGCAAAACAAUGCCAAAAAAAAUCACUAGCUGAAUUUAGUGAAACUUCUCUAAGUUUUAAAAACAGCCAGGCUACGCUUUGGGGGUG